AUGCACCAGCCUAAGUUGCACUGGUAUAAAAAAAUAUGGAAUCCUGCAGUGCUUCCUUCAACAUCUGCUAAUGUUUGGGAAAUUGCUAGAAAUGUGUGUGCAACAGAAGAGAAUCUGAGGAAAAAGGGUUUUCAGUUUGCUUCAAGAUGCUACAUUUGUCAUGAUGAAGAAGAUAAUAUAGAGCAUAUCUUGUGGAAAUGUGAUUUCAGUACCAGCUUGUGGAAUUGGCUCUCAGGUAUCUUCUUAUCUCCGAAACCAAAUCAUUUUGAGGAUGUUUUGAAAAUGCAUAAAAAUUCUAGUCCUGUGAUUAAAGAGUUAUGGAUUAUCAGUUCUUAUACAGUUAUGGUUGAAUUAUGGUUCUUAAGAAAUGCAAUAUAUUAUGAUGCUGAGAAGCCUGUGUUAACCAAAAUACAGUUAAGAAUUGCUAGAAAAGUCCAUGACUGUGAAGUUAGACUGAAAGGUGUUAUGUGGGGAACUGAUAUUGAAAAAUCAAUCUUACGAUUCUUUAAUAUCCAAAGGAAAUCCAGGCAGUGCAGGCUAUGGUUUUUUAGUAAGGAAUCAUGUUGGAGCAUUUUUGCAGAAUCUGGUGGUUUGGGGAUUACUACUAAUUAUGUAGCAGAAUUCAUUUCUUGUAUCAAGGAUUUAGAAUGGGCAGUUGAGCAUCUCUCCUUCGAGUUAGUUCUGCAAUCUGAUUCUAGUAUGUGUGCAAAAGCUUUACAGCAAAAGAAUAUCCCUUGGUUUCUGCUGGCUAGAUGGCAAAGAAUUAUGGCUAGUAUUCACUCAAUUACUUUCAAACAUGCCUACAGAGAAUCAAUUUCUCAGCUGAUCACUUUGCUAGGAAGGGGGCACAUUUGUAGAAUGGGCAGACUUUGA